GGACAAAAUGAAUAAGUAAUCUUAAGAGCUGGCCAGAAGAAAGGCAGCAGAGGAAAAGCAAACAUGCCUGGCUCAGCACAGAAUCACCAGGUAAGGGUCUUAAAGCAGAAAGAACAAGGAAUAAGGAACCUUAAAGACUUACACAAAUUGUGGCAUAAGCUUUCGUUUGCCAGAGCCCACUUGGUCAGAUUGUUAAAGCAAUCAUCUUAAGAAACACCAUGGAAAAAAUAAACAGGUCAUGGUAAUAGGUUCAAGCUCAUUUUGAAGCUCCCAGCUGAGAAUGAGAAACUGGUGCAAAGGUUAAAGUACACUGGGUAGGAUACUAUCUACAUCAGAUAAACUAAUAUGCUACAGGCUCUGUGCCCUAACAAGAUCAGUCUCAGCAGCUCAAACAACUAAAAAUUCUUUAUUAUUUGGAACAUGAGGUGCCGACAAACUGAACUUGGGGAACCAGUUAGAAUCAAAUGUGUUUCGCAAGUGGAAGCCAAGAGGAGUUUGUCAAAAUAAAAAUCAGAACAGAACAUUGUACGUGAGGGAAGAGAUACAAAAUAAAAUAGGAAAGGAGGAAAGGAAAGGCUGGGAUUUUUGAAAGCAUCAGAGAAAACUAGCCAUCAACAUAUUACGCAAACAAACCACCUUACUCAUCAGAACAGCAGACACUUUCAAUUUAAUGGAAGCUCUGGCAAAGUCUCAACAGUCUAAUCUCCAUUAGGUCAAUUAUUACUACCUAUAGAAUUCUAAUGCACCGUCCAAUACCCUAAUAUGAAAAAAUGCAGGGUUAAAAACUGGGAAAGAUUCAACAACUGUGUUAAGGAAACCAAUAUCCCGAUUUUCAUUUUCAUGACUUGCAACCUUAAAAAAGACACAGUGCCACCCGCUUAUGAAGGGCUAAACCACACAUGUGAUUUUGCCCAGAGCACAUUGUAAGUAUUAUACAAAUACACUCUUUGGUCCCAUAGUCAUUUCCAGUAGCCCAAUCACUCUAAAGUGAGCUAAUGUACCCCGUCUGCCUUUCCCUAUUUUUCUUUGAGUCAGGUUUGCAAGAAUCCAAUUGUAUCAACUUAAACAGUAAGUUGAUACACAAUUGGGCAAAUAAUCACAUUUUUUAGAUUUACACUAACUGAAGACAUCUGAACUGGGAAAGAGAUAUUUGGGUUCAAAUGGAUAACGCAAUGAUAGCACCAGCUGUGGGGCAGUAAAAGAGGCAAAGUAUCUAGGCAUCAUUAGGGAAAAGUCUGAAAAUAUAACACUUAGCAUCAUAAUGCCCCAAUAUAAAUCUAUGGUGCAGUCAGAUUGGGAAAACCAUGUACCACUGGAGUCACCCCAUUUCCCAAAAUGGACAGUGUAGAGCUGAAAAAUGGCUUUGCUAAGAAGAAACACUAAAGCACUGGGGGAUUUUUAGUUUAGGGAAGAAAGACAAGCAAGGGCAAGAAGGAAAACUCAAGAAAUGUAUCAAAUAAUUAAUGAUAUAGAGAAUAUGGGGAGAGAUAAAUCUUUCUCCAUCUUUCAUAAUACUGGAACACAUGGGAAGUCAAUGAGAUUGAUGGGCAGUAGGUUCCGGACAGAGAGAAACAAGUACUUAUUCAUGUAAUGUAUAUAAACCUUUGGAAUUCGCCCUCAAGAUGUGGUCACGGCCUCUGGCUUAGAUGGAUUCAUGGAGGACCAGCCCAUUACCAAGCUACUGCCUGUAGCGCAAGUGAACUUCCAGGUUUAGAAACAAUAUACCAAGUUGCAAGAGGGCAUACAUACCACAGGGGUGGGGAACAGGUAUUGCCUUCACGCCCUCCUUGCCGUGUGACCCAGCAGGACUCUUAACGACCUUAACAUUGCCUUUCUCUUUUUACUGCCCCAACAGACAAAUGUUAUGCUAUGUAGUUAUGUUGGUGCCUAGAAUUUCAAAACAUUUUUUAACUGCCCCUGCCUAUGUGCUCACUGAAGUUUCUGAUAGCUCUGCAGAAGGGGGAUUCUGAUGAAAAGUACUGUCCAAAAAUAGUGGCACUAUGGAGUCACACCGCAGAUCUAAGAUGAUUCCACAGGAUGACAAAUUAGUCCCAAGUUCAAAAUGAAACAAAAGUUGAAAAUCAUGUUACAUGCACACAGUAUUCGCCUGGUCAAGUAAAAGAUGACAUCCUUUGAUAUUUGGUAGAUACCGAAUGUUUAGAACUUAACCAUUUCUUUGUGCAAUCUCCUGGCACUCCCAUUUUACUCGCCAAAGAAAAUGCCUACAAUUUAGGGAUUUUUUAAUCAAGAGUUUGAAAUGGCUUAAGUUGGUGUGUACAGCAUCUAGCUUUCACACCCACGUAACCUGUGAAGUACAGGCUUAGGGAAGAUAAUCUAACCUGACAUGUGAUGAAAUGCCAGAACAGAGAGAGUAUUAUAGCAUUUGUGGCUAUAUAACAACACUGUUAAGACUCAGCAUCAGGAAUGAAGAACCCUUUCUUAAUCUGGGAGUCAUAUUGAUAAUUUAAAAAGCAGCCAGCAAUCUUACACAUGUCCUGUCAUCCUUUCCUUUCCCAUUCCUCAUGGACACACAGAACUGUAGUACACUAUCCCUGGGAUAGCUCAGUUGGUACAGCAUGAGACAUCUUAGGGUCAUUGAUUUGAGCCCCAAGCUGGGCAGAAGACUGCAAGGGGUUGGACUAGAUGACCCUUGUGGUCCCUUCCAACUCAAAAAUUCUAUGAUUCUAUUGUUCUUAGAGGGCUAUCUUCUCCCAUCUAAUCUAAUAAAUAAUCCGAACCUGCCUAAAAAUACAAAGGCACAAGAAGACUGCGUGCACAGUUAAAUUAAACAGGUUGAACUGCAAUCUAUCAUGAGAAAACUGGAAUGUUCUAAACAUUAAUAAAUUCCAGAAUAUUUGUCCAAGUUGCCUGAAAUUUGGCAUGGAGUAUCUAUCUACACACUGAGUACCAUAUGAACAGAUUUCAGACGGAUCCAUUACAAAGAUGGUUGAAAUAUACAAGUUUCCCUUCUUAAUAAUUGUUGUGCUCCCACAUAAUAUCUGUUUUUUCCUUGUCUCUUCAAAGGAAUUCUAAAUUUAAGACAAUUGCAGGGGUCCUUCCUUCUUUUGUCAAAAUGCAUUGUGCCUUUAUGAAUAUAUUACUUUUUAAAUUACUACUUUAAAUCCAUCAGUUAAGGGUCAAUCAUCUUGAAAGACACAGUAAGUCCCUGAUUCAAGUCUUCAGGGUGGAGCCUUUCCCCUAAGCAAAGAUGGCUGCCACCAGAAUAAGGGGGAAGCUGUUAACUGGCAUGAAGAUUACAUAGCUCUAAUGGCUAGACUAAAGCAGGACCACUUUCCAUUUUCAAUUGCUUUUUCUUUCAUUGUCUCGCAAGGCAGAUGACAGACCUGUGUGGGAAAGAGUGGGAAUUAACGCCUCUCUUUACUACUAGUUUUCAGCUUUGGGGGGGGACGGGGUAGCGGGGGGGGGGCAUCCAGUUGCCAAAUCAUACCUGCACUAAAAUCCUGAAUUUCUCCAUUGAUUUUUAUGAGGUUUUCUCACUUCCAUCCUAGAGGACUUAAAAAAUGGCCACUGUAAUGUAAACCUAGAAACUUUCUAUAUAACCUAUGAGAUUCUUUUUCAUAUCUCUGCAGCAUAUUGGGGGAGUGGUUCAUAUAUGUGUAUUUGUUGUAACUAUGUACAGUGGAGUUAAAUGAACUUUGUUUAUCAUUUCAAAAGAAAAUGGGGAAGAAAUAAAAAACAGAUUUUCAUUUUGUUUUCUCCUCAUGUGCUCCCAUGCCUGCAGAAGCUUUAGUACAUUAGAAAAGUCUCUUAUCCUUUUAUUUCUGGCUGUCAAUGUGUCUAAACUAAGACAGGCAGGCAUGGGCAUGCAAGCCAGCAACUUUUGUAAACUUGUUUGCAACGCUGCCAAACAGCACGUCAUAUCACAUACAAAUCCAAUGUAGAUGUAAUUCAUUAAGGGCUCUACAAUGGAUAUGCCAUAGAAGCACAGACAGCAAUUAUGGCUUAUCUCCUACCUAUAAGGUUCGCUUGCACCUUUCGGUAGCAAGCAUUUCAGUCUAGCCAAAUCUGAAAAGAAAAAGAUGUACAGAUCUGAGAGAUCUCUCUUUGCCUGUUACUUUUUAAUUUGAUCCAUUUUUUAAAUAUAAUACAGCCCUCGAGUGCAUUAAUACUUGCAUCAUCCUCGAUUCCCAACCAUGCUGGCUGCGGCCAAUGGGAAUGGAUUCCAACAAGAACUGGAGAGUAACAUAUUCCCAAUCCAUGUCUUGCACUGAAAUGGCAGUUGGAAAUGGCAGUCCCUUACCUAGCCGAAUAUCCCAUAAAUUGAACCUGGGAUCCUCCACGUGGAAAGCAUAGUCUAAGGGUGGGGAAGCCUCAGGAAGCCCUCCGUGCCUCUUUGUCCAGCCUUGACACACUCCCUGUGGCCCAUGUCCCCAUACGGCCAUGCUCCAUGGAGCCAGUGUGGUGUAGUGGUUAAGAGCGGUAGACUCGUAAUCUGGUGAACUGGGUUCGUGUCCCCGCUCCUCCACAUGCAGCUGCUGGGUGACCUUGGACUAGUCACACUUCUCUGAAGUCUCUCAGCCUCACUCACCUCACAGAGUGUUUGUUGUGGGGGAGGAAGGGAAAGGAGAUUGUUAGUCGCUUUGAGACUACUCAGGGUAGUGAUUAAGUGGGAUAUCAAAUCCAAACUCUUCUUCUUCUUCUCCACACCUUCCUUAAGCGCACUUGUCUCUCUAGAAUGUGCCCUUUAACCCUGACAAUGUCUCCUGCUUGUAAUGCAUGCAGAGUUGUGCAGCUGUAGGUAUGCAAAAAGUUCUGAUUUUUGCAUGACCGGAAUGCAACCUACUGUACAAAGGUAAGAUUUACAACCAUUGCUCCACCACGUUUUGCUUCUGGCCCUGUGCACCACCGACCUUCAGGUUGAAAAGAGUUUCUCCAUCCCUAGCAUAUGCCCUACAGCUGAACUAUAGUCUCUGAGCAAAGCUUCUGGUGCCUGGUGCCUUCAGUAUGUGCGUUACAUUUCUCAAAAAAAGGACUGGAUGAGCAUAUUAAGAGGUAGCAUUUUAAUGUGUUACGCUUUGCUUUUCAGUCACAAGCUACAUCAUUUCCUUAAGAACCUCUGCAGUUGAAAGAUCUCUUUGUCAAGGUCAGUACAGCUAGUUUUCAACAUAUGAUCAAGCAAGUCCAAAUAAGAUGAUUUAGAUUAUUUUUUAAGAAAUAGUGGAAAUUACCAUUAAAGUAGCCCUAUUCAAGUAUCAUGCAUAUCUGGAAACAGUACACAUUAGUGGGGAGACAAGCAUAUUAGCUUCAUCCUUAUCUGAAGCGGGGAAACUCCUAUAUGCUUCUAAACCCCAGUUGCAGGGAAACACAAACAGAAAGAGUGCUGCUGCACCCAUGUCCUGUUUGCAGGCUUGCCACAGACACCUGGCUGACCACUGUAAGAACAGGAUACUGGGCUAGAUGAGUCUUUGGCCUGAUCAAGCAAGGAUUUUCUUGUGUUCUGUGCUCACUGACGAUCACAUGCAAUGUAGAACCUUGGGAAAUGUGGGGAGCCUAUGAGAGGAGAAGCAUGUGGGUGGCAGUGGGUGGAACUAGCAACACAUCCCUAAAAUCCCUGCUUAUGCGUUAUAGAUCUAGGUUUUAAUAACACCUGAGUAGGGUGUACCUAGCUCCACACCCAAAUUCUCAUAGUCCAUUCUUUUAAAGUAAAUGCAUAGCCCUUCUCAUUGCAAAUAAAAAGCUUACAAAUGUAAAGGCUGUGGGCUGUGCACAAUCAAUGGCUUUUUAAAGAGCUGGACAUGGUAUUGUAGAGCUAUCAUUGCCACACUCUGCCCCUCUCUUUCACCCAUCGUGAUUUUACAGCUUUCUGUAACAUUUCAAGGAGAUACAUGGCAAAAGCUGUAACUAGCCCUCUGCAGCGUAGCUACCACAACUGCAACAGAUAUGUGCAUUUUUUAGCGUGACAAUAGAUGCCCAUGAAAAAUAUUCCCUUUCCCUAUCCCACCAUACCUGGAGAAACUUUGGAAGCAUUGUAAUGUAUUAUCUAAAAACAAAUUUCUUGUUUAAGUAACAAAGGAUAUGUGCAUAUCCACAAUGGCACACAUUUGGUUCAGGUAUGGGGAACCUGACUUAAAUACCGUAUUAGCCAGCAUAUAAGCCACUCCCGAAUAUAAGCUGCACCUUUAAAAUUCGGGGGGGGGGGGAGGAAAAAAAAGACAAUACCCAAAUAUAAGCCGCUCCCUUAAAAUUCUGCAGGCACUCACACCCAUUCCGUUUUACUGUAUGUCUGUUUCAACAGUGAUAUCGUAAAAGCCCAUUUUUGUAAGGUCGCAAACUUAAGACGCACUUUAACAUUUCACAGUCGGAAUUUGGGGGAAAAGGGAGGCUUAUAUUCAGGCCAAUACGGUAUGACUGUCGAAGCCUCCCUAUCUGGCCAGGCAACACACCCUCCUGAACCAUACCCCUCACCAGCCCUGAUUCGCACCCUCCUAAAGUGUCUUUGUGCGGAUGAGUGUGUCCUUGAACUCUGAUAAUGCUUCUUGCUUACCUGGGUGGAGGACAGAGGGUGUGUGCAUGCAAACAAACUAGCCUACUGUACAAAUGUAACAUCCACAUUUAUUGCUCUGCCCACUUUCCCCCCUGGCCCCACUCAUGAUUAGUCUGGGGCCCCAGGAAGGGAAUGUGGCUCUCAAGCUGAAAACGUUUCCCACCCUAGUGCAGUUAGUUUUAAAAUGUAUCUGUGAUUAUAAAUGCAGAACAUGACAUCACGUACCUGCUCCUAGAUUAAGAGUGUGAUACUCCUAUGGGACUGAACAGCAAGGAGCCCUCAUUCCUGCCUAUCAUCAAGUCAGCAAAAUACACCUCUCUCUUUCUACAUUAUUGGCUCCAUGGCGUAUUUGAUGCAAUCAAACAACAACAAACACGUAGUUGUGUUACAGACCCAGUUUGGGAUGGAUUUGAGUGCUAUACAAAUGAAAUACAUAGUGAAUUAACCACUUCCCAGCCCUAAUUAAAUUAGCUCUACACCACUCUCCCCCCCCCCCACUAUUCUAACAUCUAAAAUAAAUUUAAAAAUCCAGAGGUUACAAAGAAACCAAAGUUCUGCAGUCAAGAAGGUACAGCAAGUAAGGAAAUGUGUCUAGUUUAGCAUAACUUUAUAAAGUUUUUGAAGCUUUAGUGCUGCAGUGUGUGGGCUGCAGUGUAUAAAGUCAUGAUUAAGAAACAUUACUUGCUAUGUGAUCUAUCUGCACGGCUUAUUUCCUAUUUUGUAACUACUAUUCCCUCAUGCAUUGUAUCCUUCUGGGAUGUUCCAAGUCAAAACUAGACAGUGAAAGAAAAUUUCUGACUACCAUUAUUUGUCCGAAAAAGGCAAACGUUAUCUUCAAAGCUGGUAUAAAAGUUACCUUUCAAAGAAAGCUGAUUUCCAAAAUGUUAUAAUCUAGCAGAACUGGAGCAACCUGGACUCCCAGAUGAGGCUCAUGAUAAUGAAAAGUUGCAGCUUACAGAUAGGACCAAGCCUGAAUCCAAGAGUAGACUCUUUAAGUAGGCUGAUUUUCCAUAGUUCAUGAUUUACCAUGAACUUGGGAGAUUUCUCCUGCUUUGUUUCCUCCCUCUGUAAGUGUGGGAGCAACAAAACACAAUCCAUGGCUUAGUAUUAUGUCUAAAGAGGGAGAUCAUAGUUUGGUUUGCUCAAACUUACCAGAAUUGCUCAGUCUCAGGUUCAUGUAUCUACCAUUUUUACUCUUCUCCUCCAAUGCAACCAUGAGAAGCUGGGAAGCAGUGAUUCUAUUUUAAACUAAUUGCAGUUUGUAAUUUUGUCCAAACUGGUGGUUAGUUUAAACCAGCACUCUAGAUUUUGUUGAUCUCAAAUCAGCUCUUACUACUGGUCAUAGCUGGGGUUGAUGGGAGUGGGAGUCUAACAUCUGGAGUUACAAAAGUUAGCCCCCCUGGUUUGAACUGCAGUUUGUCAAAACAAGUCAAGAUCAAGUUGUGGUUUCUGAUCCUGACUUGUUGGUACAAACCAUAGUUAAAACUGCAGUCCCUGCUUUGGAUGAAACACAGUUGGUUUAAAAUGAAAGUGGAUGCUUCCAAUUUCCUCCUUACAGCUUCAUGUUCAAUUGAGGGGAGGGGAGGAGGAAGCAGGUUUGUGUAUGGAAUUCUAAACUAUAUUCUGUCUGAACCAGGUGAAUGCCAAGAACUAAGUCACUGGUUUCAUUUUGUCAUGUAUGAAAUCAUUUACCAUGUUCAAAGAAAAUUCUAAUAGCUUCAAGGAGUAACGUGCUGGCAACUUAGGAGGAGAAAGUGUAAUGUAACAUUAGAAGUGAAAAUUUGAAGUGACAUGCUGUAGGGGAGUUGAAGCUGGUGAUUAGCAAUGUCCUGACAUUCAAAAAAGCAACAACAUUCCCUAAACAUACUUCCUCACAAUUGCUUUAAAAAGGAAACACAAUGACAAUGUAUUUAAGGAGCAUCAAAGUAGAUACAUUUAGUGAAUUCAUUGGGGUUUAUUUUCUAGUACGCAGGGAUAUGAUUACACAAUUGAUGUAUAGAACGCCCGCAAUUCACAAAUCAAUCUUAUGGGAAACUGCCUUAUACCAAGUCUAUUGAGCUUAGCAUUGUUGACUAGACCAGAUAUUAACUGACUGUAAAUAUUAAAAAUCAACUGAAUGUGAAAUAAUGAAAUGCCUGUAUUGGGAUGAUGUGUAUUCAUUUUUGUUUCCUUACAUCAAGGAACAGGUCAUAUAUUAAUAUCUAGAAAGAAACAAAAUAGCUAUUUUGCACAAAUCUCAGUGUCAUUUCACACACUGGGAGAAAUUCAAUGUUACGCUUUCCUGAUUGUUCCAUCAGUGGAAGCAUUUCUACAUUUAUCUACUAUAUAUUUUGGAAAGUUGCUUGCAUUUGGACACCUCUUAAGAUAUCAUAACCAAAUUUUGCAUAACCAUUUCUGAGAUCAAGCAGAAGGUUUUCAUCUAUGUUUGGAUAUAACUGGAUGCCGUUUUGAAUCAGAAUGGGAGACUGAAUCUUUCAAAACUGCGCUGAUUUUAAUCUGACAUCUGAUAUCAAAAUUGUACUGAUUUUGGGGGGCUUCUUAGAAUUCCCAAGCAGCACUGGGUACAAAGCUGCUAUUUUUAGGUAUGCAGGUGACUCUCAACUAACUCUGGGGUUAUGUUCCGGGAAUAGCGCCUAAAAUCAAAAUCAAAUAUAGUCAAACACAUUGGCAGUUCCACCUGCCAUUGAACCCAACAUUUUUAAUCUCAGAUGCCCGCCCCCUUUCUAUUAAUUUUUUUUAAAAAAAAUGGCAAAUGAGUGAAGCUGAAUGCACACUAGUUAAAAGCAUGUGAUUUGUGAGUUACCUGUAUACCCAAAUAUGUAAGCAGCUCUUGCCAAGGGACAAUUUAUACAUUUGCCAAAACACUAAAUGCUUUAAAGUACAACCCAAAGGAGCUCAAUGAUAAACAGGCAGAAGAACGCAGUUCCACCACAUGUGUCCACUGAGUAUUCCGGCAUAUUUAGAAACGUACAUUCCGGCCCAUCACAUUUUACUGUGUUAUCAUUCCAAAGCCCUCCAGAAUACAAAAUAAAACACUUGCAACUUUAGAGUUAGGCCUCUGUGGUGAAAAGUUCAGUUGCACCAGAAACUUUACCAGAUGCACAUGGGAUGGUUUUAGGUGUAUGCUUCUCAUUUCUCAAUACUACCCCCUCCCCCCUAAAGAAAGAACCACCACCCACUUAGGAUACCAACAAAUCAGUGCCCAUUAGGCGUCAGCAGAGAUACUCACCUAUACUGCCAGCUUUUGGUAGUGCUUCCUCCUCUGCUACUGCUGAUCCCACCGCUGCUGAUGCCACUACUGCUGCUGCUCUUGCUUGUGCAGUUCUGGGCUGGGAUCAAAAUCUCCAGCUUGCCUUCGCUUUCGGACACUUUCAUCGCUGUCGGUGGCGCUGCCGGAGCCGCAGACACAGGCUCCCCACUUUGCAUGGUGGGGCCUGUCAGGCCCCUGCCCACCCAAGGGUGGGAGAGUGCAACAAGCCAAGUCAACAAGGGCUGGAGGAAAACUUUUUUUCUCAAGGCUGUCAAGUAUCCUUAGAAAAAAACGAGGGGUCACUCCGGAGUGGAACUUUUGUGAAUGGGGCCAAAUGUGGGCCAGAGAUGGAGCAAGUCUGUGGAAAUAAGCUCGAAUGGCAGCUUUGAAGGGGGGAAUAUGGAGGGGGGAAGAGCCAGGUUUGGGGGAAAGGCCAGGGAUCCAACAGAGGAGUUUUCUGAACACCCAGAGAAUGAAUCGGGAGCAGGGCAGCCAGCUGCGUUGGCAACGUGGAGGGGGGGUCCAGACACUCGCUGCCAAGGCGUGUGUAAACCGGGGGAGCAGCUCCGCGCACCUCAGUAUCCCAUGGGAGGGCAGAAGUGGGGUGGUGGGGAGGCAGCGGGAAAUUCCUCAAUUGUUCAGAGAGGCGGGAUGCUGGCGCCGAAAGGAGGGCGGCCGCCUGGGGUUUGUACCUCCUUCCCCCAGAGGCUGCCUGCCUGCCUGCCUGGGGCUGGUCUCUCACCAUGAACCGCAAACGCCCCUCCUGCAACCCCCUCCCUCACUCGGCCAGGCUCCGUCUUCCAGGGCUGGCGGCGGCGGCUCGCAGCCCACACGAACCGAGGGAAGCAGCAGCAGCAGCAGUGGCGGAGCCGCUCCCACCCCUUCCGGGUCAGGCUUAGCCGCUCCCCGCCGCCUUCGUCCCUGUUUCUCCGCCCCGUGAAGGCCGAGGGCGGGCGUGAGCGCUGGCGGCGCCAUCUUUGUUAAGGGAAACGGGGGGAAGGGAUGUCCUGACAGGAAGGAGGAGUUGGCAAUAAUAACAAUAAUUAAUAAAUAAUAACGAACAGUGAUAAGAAUACCUGCCUAAAACACCAGAAGGCAAACAUAAAGGGCCUUUAAAUCAAACAGUUUUUUGUCCUCUUAUUUCUGUGGAAGAAACCAAACUUGGAGCAAGGGUGUGACUCAGCUGCACGCCAACGCGCCCUCUGCGCCCACUUCUGAGUGUAUGGGGAUGUAUUUUCACACAGCCUCUUAGAUUUUCGUUCUCGUCUGCUCCGCAUUGUUCACGACGUUCUUUGCAGCCCCAGCAGCUCCAGACUGUUGCAGCAAAAUAAAAACAAAGGGCUUGUGACCACUUUUUAGCCCGAACCAGACUAAACCCGUUGAAAUUAAUGGGCAUGGCUAUCUUAAGUCCAUUCAUUUAAAUAGCGUGCUCUAACUUAGCUGGCUGCAACCCAAUGGAUCUUGUGGCAUCUAAAAAGGCUAGCCAAUUGUGAUGUAUAAGACUUUUUGGACCAGAAUAUGCUUGAUUGAAGCUAAACUUAUAUUUUAAAAAGCCAAAUUAUUCUGUUCUUUUCAGCUAAAGAUAAAGCCAAUUUAAAUACGAAAGACAAGUGUAGAAGAGCCUAUUGAUAUUUUCUGGGCCCAUAGGGUUGGUGGAAGUUGUCUAAGCCAUCUGGAAGGUACCACCAGUGUCUACACACUUGUUGUUUAGCCAUGUCCGACUCUUCGUGACCCCAUGGACCAGAGCACGCCAGGCACUCCUGUCUUCCACUGCCUCCCGCAGUUUGGUCAAACUCAUGCUGGUAGCUUCGAGAACACUAUCUAACCAUCUUGUCCUCUGUCGUCCCCUUCUCCUUGUGCCCUCAAUAUUUCCCAACAUCAGGGUCUUUUCCAGACAGUCUUCUCUUCUCAUGUGGUGGCCAAAAUAUUGCAGCCUCAGCUUCAGGAUUUGUCCUUCCAGUGAGCACACAGGGCUGAUUUCCUUAAGAAUGGAUAGGUUUGAUCUUCUUGCAGUCCAUGGGACUCUCAAGAGUCUCCUCCAGCACUAUAAUUCAAAAGCAUCAGUUCUUCAGCGAUCAGCUUUCUUUAUGGUCCAGCUCUCACUUCCAUACAUCACUACUGGGAAAACCAAAACUAACUAUACAGACCUUUGUCUACACUCUUAUAUUGCCCUAAAAGUUCAGCCAUUCCUAUAUGCUGCUCAGUAAGACAAAGCCAUGGAUCUUGCUGCCUUGGGAUGCUACCUAUGCUGCAAAAACACAGUGGACAGUCACAGAUGGAGAAGUAUUCAUCAUUCAUCCCUGUGUGACACUGCAUGGCUUUUCAUUACGCACAAUGCCAGCUAUCCUUUGCCAGGUUGUUCCCUAUGAGAUCUAAACCAACUGAGACUGCAGUACUAAACAUACCCCCUAGAGAGUAGGCCUGCUUAUAGACAAUGGAGCUUACUUCCUAGUAAAAUGCACAUAGUUGUGCUGUUAGUCUCUGUGAUGUCCUAGUAUAGGAGUGGGCAACCUGUAGGCAUUCAGGCAUUAUUGCAUUUCAGUUUCCUAUCAGCCCCAGUCCGGGUUGUCAAUAAUAAGGGAUUCUAGGAGCUGAAUGCAUCUGUAUCCAACACCUGGAAGGUCACAGGUUCCCUACCCUGCAUCUAAUGAUUUUCCUCCUAUAAAAAUAUGCAUACUUUUGGCUUGCAAUACACUAGAAAGAAAGGCUAUUUCACAAGGCAGCAAUUGAAGAGUCCUCGCUUUCCAUUGUGAGCAUGACAGCUGCUUUCCAUAUGAUGGUUGUUAACGUUCUUUGCCUUUCAGGUUUCAAAUAUAUAUUUCAAAUAUUAUAUAUGUGCAAUAUAUAAUAUUGAUGUACAUUGUAUAAUAUAAUAUACAGUAUACUAGAUUGGCUAACAGAUUCUAAUAGACAAGGUAUUAGAAAACCUUGAACUUUUAAUAUAAAAAGUGAAAUAACUAUCUGUAAUUAUAUGUUCAUGUAAGGGCUUCUUGAUUACAAAAAUUAUUUCUUUGCAUAUGCAUAGUAUGUGUCUUCCCUAACAGGCUACUUUCAAAUCUUCCAGCAAUAGGUGCAGUCUGUUUUUUAAUAGUUCCCCAGCAUUAAUAUUUAGGCAAACACAAUAAAAUAAAAUGAAUCAAGUCUUACACCUGAAACACACUAAAACCAAAAGAGAAUCAAAUAUUUAUUUUAUUUAGCUGCUGUUUCCCUCUAGUGACCAAACUAAAUACUACAUGUGAAAGAAGAGAAGCCAGUACAAUGUCAAACACCUGUUUUUUAAUGGUGAUGAUGAAAGGUCUUGCUUAUCUUAAGUUUUACCAAACCAUGAUACACAAAAUUCACAUAAUUCUCACAUUAAGAGAUAGGUGAACCACCACACCUCUACCAUAUGAUGUGACAGGUUACAUGUUUCAAGCGAAGGAUGUGGCUAGGUUACAAAGUAUUGAUUUACAUGACACUUGAUACUAGUUGGUUAACAUAGUUUAUGCCCUGAAAUGUUGCAGCCAGAGGGCUUGUUCAGCUGUUGGGAAACCUAUUAAAGGGUUUUCAUUAGUGCUCCUGCCUUAUAGUUACAUAGGAAACAUAUAAAGAGGGUUGCCUCUUUCCAGCACAGCUGGGCACUCUUGAACUUUGGCAGAGAAUUAAGUUUUCUACCACACACAAGAUGAAUAAGGUCAGACCAUCUUGGAUGACAUGUGAUGCCAGGUUCAGUCAACUUUGCCCUAUCAUCAGUCAGGGAGUACAUGCAGUUGCAUGCACCCCCUCCCCUUAUUAUUCAUUCACAACACUUUAUAAUCCAGGGAAACAUAAACAUACAUGGAAAAUACGGACCUUAACUGAAUGGUUAGUGGCAACAAAUAUUCAGCUCCCUCCAUGGCUCCUGGUGCUCUACAGUACAUAGUAAUAUUUACUAGACAGAUUCUGAUUUUCUUGAUCACUGGAAAACCAAGCGUAUAUGCUGGUCCUGAUUAUGUACAGUUCAUACCUGCCAUCUUUCUCUUUAAAACGUAUGUUAGUAAUUUGUAUCAGGUAAUCAAUUCAGGUUUAUUCUGAAUGGGUUUGCUGAAGCUUUAAACAAACAGUAGACAGCUGGGUGCCUCAAACAAACCACAUGUAGCUUUGAAAGUGUAGGUAGCAAACUUAACACACCCACAAAAGUCAAUAGCUCACAUGCCUAAUGUGAACAAAACAACCUGUUUGUGCUUCAAGGAGACUAAAAUAUGUUCCCCUGACAACCAUCAAGCUAUCUGAGGGGUGAAAUCACAUAUUUAUUAAUGCAGCUCAAGCAUGCAUGACUUUUGCCUCAAAGGGAUAGGGGAAGGGAAUGGCCCAGUUUCGGCUAGAGGCAUGCUGUCAGAAGGAGCAGAAUAAAUGACUCAUUAUACUGGGGUCGGGGUGCUAACUAUCUGUUCAGAACAAAUUUAAAGUACCCGAGGAUAUAGCAUAGGAACACAGAAAGUUGCCCUAAGUAAAACCAUAAAUCUGCCUAUUUCAGUCUUGUCCAUGCUGGCUGGCUCCCCAGAGUGCCACACAGCAGUCUCUCUCAGGGCACCUAUCUGGGGGCACCAAAGACUGAACCUGGGACUCUUUGUAUACAAAACAUGUGCUCAGUCACUGAGCUUCAGCCCUUCCCCAAACUCUGACCCAUAUACUGUAUCAUCAUUUCUCUUCUGUUCUUUGUUGCUGACAAGACUGCAUCCCUGUUCUCCCUUUCCUACAGCUUCCCUCAAUCCUGCUUUCCUGGUUUCUACCACUAAAAGAGUUUGAAGGAUUUAAACACCUUAUCAUGCUGUUUCAGCCUUUGGAUUAGUGGAUCUCUGGGUAUUUAUCAGAAAUACUUGAGACUGAGGGAAAACUUGGAGAUGAAUUGGGAUCAGUUCCACUGAACUUAAAUCUGUGCAAUCAGUUCACGGCACCAGUGACCCACUUCAGACCUUUAUGAGGCUGGCCUUCAUGUGGUGACAAGGAAGCUAUGCGCUUCUGGCAUGGCCAUGUUCAAUGUAGCAUUUGCUCCUGUAAAAGAACAGUAAGGAGGGAGGUCAUAUUCCCACCUGAUGCUAAGCACCUUUAGUCCUGCUUUUCAACGUAUUUAGAAAGUACUUCUAUAUCCCUUGUGUUGCUUGAGGUCACCUUUAUACUUUGAGUAGGGUUAGCUUAGCAAGCAUGUAUGUACAACCAGUUAGAGAGGCUACAAGAGAAAGAAAGAAAGAAAGAAAGAAAGAGAAUCUUGUUUCAUCAACCACAUCAUUUUCUUCUUCAGCUUUGAUACUUCAAUUCCCUCUUGGUCUAUUUGUAUCUUAACACAAUUAUAUUAAUAGCUGCAUCAAAUGUGCUGAGUUAAUUUUGCUUCCUCAGUCAUGGGACUUUACUUCCUAAAAGCUACAUUACCAUUACUUCUACUGGGGUUUUUUGUGCAUCAGUUCCUAUGGCAACAUGGCAAUCUCUGCAUCUGCACAUGCCACCCACUCUCACUUAAAUUGUGUUUCCCUUGGCUUAAUUGUGGUCCUGAUACUCCAGUUUUAUGGAUUAGCUCAUGACUGCGGGGGAAGAGCAAUCUUUGCCUGGCAAAAAGGGCAAAGCUGUGUUUCCCUGGAGCUAGGGAUCUGUGAAGCAGGACUGGUAGUUCUGGAUCAGGGCUGGGCUGGGGUCUAGAUCUGAUAAAACAACAUACAUUGCCCACCUACCCACUCCAAACUAGGAUUCUUUAUGCCACAUGAAACACUAUUGGCAUUGUAAAUCCCAGCAGAAGCCUGUCUUGAGUUAAUAUGUGGCUUGUGUGUGCACCAUAUAUUUAAAGCACAUUUAAAGCACAUGUUCAAUGGUGCUUGCUCAUAGGUGAAUGGGAUCAGUUUUCUGCUUCUCCAGUGUGACCUAUUCUUUCUGUUUUGUAAUAAUAGACCCUGAACUAACAGACCCAGAGAUUACUUGAUGGCAUCUAUACUCCAGCCUUAGUCAAGAAGGCUCUCAGAGCAAGUACAGGCAUUGUGCACUCUGUAUAUCAUCACCACAUCCACUCAUUAGCACCACAUCCACUCAUUCUUUUUUUUUUUUAAGAUAUUUAUUAAAGUUUCAAGAAAUACAAAAAAGAAAAAAACGUACAGAGUACAAAAAAAGAAUAACGUUUUUAAAAUAUAACAAAAAAAUAGAAGAUAAAAAGGAAACAUACAAAAUAAAACAGUUAAAAAGACAUUGAUUUUCCAAACCUAUCUUCCCUAGACUUAUUUCCCCGGACCUCCUCAUACCUCCCUUUUUUGUAUUCCAGUUCAGUUUGUUAGUUCAGCAAAUCCUUACCAUUAAACUUUUACCCAAUUGUUAACCUUUUUCAUAUCUCUUAAAGCAUUACAGCUAAAAACCUCUUAGUUUCUAUCCAACAUCCUUCUAAGAUUCCUUAAUUUUGCAAUAUUUCUGUAAAUAGUCUUUAAAUUUCUUCCAGUCUUCUUUCACCGACUCUUCUCCCUGGUCUCGGAUUCUGCCAGUCAUUUCUGCCAAUUCCAUGAAGUCAAUCACCUUCAUCUGCCAUUCUUCCAAAGUGGGUAGAUCUUGUGUCUUCCAAUACUUUGCGAUGAGUAUUCUUGCUGCUGUUGUAGCAUACAUAAAAAAGGUUCUGUCCUUCUUUGGCACCAAUUGGCCGACAAUGCCCAAAAGAAAGGCCUCUGGUUUCUUCAGAAAGGUAUAUUUAAAUACCUUUUUCAGUUCAUUAUAUAUCAUUUCCCAGAAAGCCUUGAUCUUUGGGCACGUCCACCAAAGGUGAAAGAAUGUACCUUCAAUUUCUUUACAUUUCCAACAUUUAUUGUCAGGCAAAUGAUAGAUUUUUGCAAGCUUGACUGGGGUCAUGUACCACCUGUAUAUCAUUUUCAUAAUAUUCUCUCUUAAGGCAUUACAUGCCGUAAACUUCAUAUCUGUGGUCCAUAACUGUUCCCAGUCAGCAAACAUAAUGUUAUGUCCAACAUCUUGUGCCCAUUUAAUCAUAGCAGAGUUCACCGUUUCAUCCUGAGUAUUCCAUUUCAACAGCAAGUUAUACAUUCUUGACAGGUUUUUAGUUUUGGGGUCUAACAAUUCUGUUUCUAAUUUUGACUUUUCCACCUGGAAGCCUAUUUUCUUAUCCAAAUUAUAUGCCUCCAUUAUCUGAUAGUAAUGAAGCCAAUCUCUCACUUUAUUUUUUAGUUUUUCAAAACUCUGCAAUCUCAAUUUAUCUCCUUCUUGCUCCAAAAUUUCCCAAUAUGUCGGCCAUUUGGCCUCCAUAUUGAGCCUUUUCAGAGCUUUUGCUUCCAUUGGUGACAGCCACCUUGGGGUUUUAUUUUCCAAUAAAUCUUUAUAUCUUAUCCAAACAUUAAACAAUGCUUUCCUAACAAUAUGGUUUUUGAAUGCUUUGUGUGCUUUGACCUUAUCAUACCAUAAGUAUGCAUGCCAUCCACACUCAUUCUUAAUUAAUCAAUGAAUCAAAGUUCAGUAGCCAUAAAACAGAUGUUUGUUUUGUGGUCCAGAUAGUGAUUAGGGAAUAUGCUAAUAUUGAAGACAUUGGUCUUAAAAUUUAUAUUUCCUUUAAUCAUAAAAUCUGACAGUUUUCUCAGAAUGUUUAAGUUGAAUUCAAAUUUAAAAACCUAUUAAUUCAUAUUUAAUACAUGUGGGUCCUUCCACACAUUGUUUGCUCAGAAAUGGUACAAGAACACAGCCCAAAGAAGAAAAAUGUUCAGCAUUAGUUGGUGCCUAUUAGGAAUGGUAAUGCAGAAACAGCACUGGAUUUAGGCCAGUGUGAGUGGUUCUCCCCCACAAGCCCUGAGCCAAGGGGGUGCAAAAUUGAGAAGACCCAUUUGGAGAUGCCAAAUUUUGGUCUUGCACAGAGCGCCAUUGAAAUAUACUCAGAGUCGCAAAGUGAUUUCAUGCUCUUUAUUCAGCUCAUAGUGGUGAGGAGGAAUGAAUGACUGUCCCCUCACAGUAUCUGCUUUAUAUACAUUAUUUACACAAUGGGCUGCACAUGAUUGGCUAAUUCUGGAAUUCUACUGUAAGCCAAUCAGGUUGUGGAUUCACUUCAAUCUGGAGCAGGAUUGGGUGGUUCCUGCCAACCAAUCAUACUGCUGCAUUGUUCUAGGACCAAUCAGACUGCUGCAUUCUGAAUCCUAUUGUUCUAGGACCAAUCAGACUGCUGCCUUUUGGAUCCUAUUGUUCUAGGACCAAUCAGACUGCUGCAGUUUGGAUCCUAUUCAACUCAGUACAUAACACCCCUCCCCUCUAAGUUCCAGUCCUGCCCGGGAGGUCGCAUUCAUAGUCCUCAAGGUAUGCCGGCAGCCUACGUGUGCGUUGUGGCCUGGGGUGUUCCCUGGUCCGGGCUACAGGUUCUGGCUCGUGUUCCAAGGAUGCUGGCUGUGAUGGGGCUGUUUGGUCUGGUGCAACCGGCUCGCUCAGUCGUGGUUCUGGUUCCGGUGUCCUUUCGGCCUCACGGGUCCUCUCUGUAUUUACUGAUUCUGCCUCUCCUGCUGGCCCCUCCUGCUCUAUGGGCCUCACUGCCCCGCUGUUCCCUUGGGACUCCUCUGACCUGUCCUCCUCCUGGUUUCUCCCGGGAAUCGUCGCCGUAUCUGGUCGCAGUGGCGGCGCCAGCAUUGCCCCCCAUCCGUUAGCACCUCGUACGACACGGGGCCAGUGACCCUGGUGACUGUGGCGGGUACCCAUGCUGGGCCUGCCCCAAAAUUCUUUGCGUACACUGGGUCCUGGGCCUCGAAGGUCCGGGGUUCCUGCCUUCCCCACCACUACCUCAUCCUGAGCUCUAUCGGGGUGAAGGCGGUCCAAUCUGAUUGCAAGGCGCCGACCCAUUAGUAGUUCAGCGGGGCUCCGGCCAGUCGUUGAGCUGGGGGUGCUGUGCUGUGCUAGAAGGAAUGUGGCAAGGCGGUACUCCCAGUCCCCUUGCGUCAUGCGGCGAAGGGUGUCCUUGGUGGUCCGCACCAUGCGUUCUGCUUGGCCAUUGGUGGCAGGGUGGAACGGCGCCGAACGGAUGUGGCGGAUGGCGUUCUGCGCUGUGAAGGUUUGGAAUUCUCCUGAUGUAAAUGCAGUCCCGUUGUCUGAGACGAGAGUGUCAGGGAGCCCGUGGGUUGCAAACAGCCUGCGUAGUACCCGGAUGGCUGCGGACGUGGAAGUGGACGGUACCAGUGCGACUUCCAGCCAUUUGGUGUAGGAGUCCACCACUAUGAAGAAUGUUUUCCCCUGAAAGGGGCCAGCGAAAUUCACAUGCAGGCGUGACCAUGGUGCUCGGGCGGACUCCCAGGACUGGACUGGGGCCCUUGGGGGAUCUGGGCGGGAUUCUUGGCAGGCCUGGCAGUGUUUGACCCAGGCCUCUAUCUCUCCAUCGAUCCCCGGCCACCACACAUAACUCCUGGCAAGGGCCUUCAUUCUUACUACCCCUGGAUGUGUCUCGUGUAGGGCUGUGAGGACCCUUUUGCGGAGGGGCUGGGGAACAACGACUCUGCUUCCCCAUAACAGGCACCCCUUGUGGGCCGACAGUUCAUGUUUGCGGGUUGUGUAGCCGGCGAAUUCUGGCCCGGGGCUGCUGCUGGGCCAUCCCUCCACACCCAGUCCAGGACCCGGGAGAUGACCCUAUCUUUCUUGGAAUGGUGUGCAACUUCUUGUGCCUGAAUGGGGCGGUCGGGAAGCAGCUCCAGGCUCAUAACCUCUUGUGCAGGUGCUGGGUCAGGGCCUGUUUCCGGUAGUGGUAGCCUGCUGAGGGCGUCUGCAUGGCCCAUCGCCUUCCCAGGUCGGUGAAUCAGUGCAUACUGGUAGCUGGCAAGGAAAAUUGACCACCUGAGGACACGAGGAGACAGCACUUGGGGGGUCUGCUUUUCGGGGGCAAACAAGCCAAGCAACGGCUUGUGGUCAGUCACCACGGUGAAGGGCCGCCCGUACAAGAAAUAAUGGAAUUUUUUUACUCCCUUUACGAUUGCCAGACCCUCCUUGUCGAUUUGCGAGUAGUUCCGCUCGGUUGUGUUGAGUGUCUGGGAAAAGUACGCCACCGGUACCUCUCUUCCAUCCGGGAGUUGGUGCCCCAGGACAGCUCCAAUGCCAUAGGGUGAGGCGUCGCAUGCUAGCACCACCGGCAGCCUCUUGUCGAAGUGUGCCAAGACCGAGUUUGAGACAAGCAAGUCCUUGACUGCUUGGAAUGCGGCCUCCUGGCGCUGGCCCCACACCCAAGGGGCCCGCUUGUCCAGGAGUCUGUGUAGGGGCUCCGCUACUGCCGCCUUGUGGGGAAGGAAGGAAUGGUAAAAGUUCAAUAGUCCCAAGAAGGCCUGAAGUUCAGUCUUGCUCUUGGGCGCUGGGGCAUCACAAAUGGCCCGUACCUUGUCCCCAGUCGGGUGGACCCCUUCUAGAGGGGAGGGGUCACAAACCCAGUUAUGGUUUCCCCAGGGGCUUGCCGCUUUGCGUAGAAGGCAUUUCGACGAGCCACCACUGAGGGCUGCGGCGAAAAGUGCCCCUUCAGCUGUUCCAUUAUUGUUUUGUAUGGAACAGUAGCAACGUCUUCAGGCGCAAGGAUAGCCCGGGCGAUUUCAAACGUCUCCUCUCCGCAGACGCUGAAGAAUAUCGCCCUCUUCUUGGCGUCUUCUUCGUCGGUGACCCCUUUGGCUUCUAGGAGGAAGGUGAAACGGGAGGCGUACACUUCCCAGUCUCCAGAUGCUGGGUUGAAUGGCGAGAAGCUGCUGUUGGCUGCCAUUCUGAGUUCCUUGUGUCCCGGAGCUGAAGCCUGGAUACACGGUGCGAGGCAGCGGUGCGGCAGGUGGCGGUGCUGCGGCGCUGUGUGUGGCAGUCAGCUCAGCGGGAUCCCAUCCUCGUCGCCAGUGAAAUAUACUCAGAGUCGCAAAGUGAUUUCAUGCUCUUUAUUCAGCUCAUAGUGGUGAGGAGGAAUGAAUGACUGUCCCCUCACAGUAUCUGCUUUAUAUACAUUAUUUACACAAUGGGCUGCACAUGAUUGGCUAAUUCUGGAAUUCUACUGUAAGCCAAUCAGGUUGUGGAUUCACUUCAAUCUGGAGCAGGAUUGGGUGGUUCCUGCCAACCAAUCAUACUGCUGCAUUGUUCUAGGACCAAUCAGACUGCUGCAUUCUGAAUCCUAUUGUUCUAGGACCAAUCAGACUGCUGCCUUUUGGAUCCUAUUGUUCUAGGACCAAUCAGACUGCUGCAGUUUGGAUCCUAUUCAACUCAGUACAUAACAGCCAUAUUAUAAAAGAUUAGCAAAGCCUGCCCCUGGGUUGAAAGGAGCCAACACACUCUGUUGUUGUUGUUGUUGUUUAGUCGUUUAGUCGUGUCCGACUCUUCGUGACCCCAUGGACCAGAGCACGCAGGCACUCCUGUCUUCCACUGCCUCCUGCAGUUUGGUCAAACUCAUGCUGGUAGCUUCGAGAACACUGUCCAACCACCUCGUCCUCUGCCGUCCCCUUCUCCUUGUGCCCUCCAUCUUUCCCAACAUCAGGGUCUUUUCCAGGGAGUCUUCUCUUCUCAUGAGGUGGCCAAAGUAUUGGAGCCUCAGCUUCACGAUCUGUCCUUCCAGUGAGCACUCAGGGCUGAUUUCCUUAAGAAUGGAUAGGUUUGAUCAUCUUCUAGUCCAUGGGACUCUCAGAGUCUCCUCCAGCACCAUAAUUCAAAAGCAUCAAUUCUUCGGCGAUCAGCCUUCUUUAUGGUCCAGCUCUCACUUUCAUACAUCACUACUGGGAAAACCAUAGCUUUAACUAUACGGACCUUUGUUGGCAAGGUGAUGUCUCUGCUUUUUAAGAUGCUGUCUAGGCUUGCCAUUGCUUUCCUCCCAAGAAGCAGGCGUCUUUUAAUUUCAACACACUCUAGUUUUGUCCUUUUUCCUAUUGAGUGCCAUGAAGGCAACACUGAGGAGGAAGAAGAGGGAGCUAUUAGCCGGUGCCAGAACCUGGACUGGUUAUAAGAAAGAAGACGGGGGGGGGGUUUCUGGCAGAAGCUGUGGAAGCUGGUCCAUUAGGGCAAAUGGGGCACCAAGCUCAGCCUGCCCCACAGCAGCUGCCAGCCUUUUUUCUUCCAAUCAACCAGUCCAGGGGGUGACACUGGCAGUCAGCUUCCUCCUCCUUAGUCUCAGUGUUAUCCUUGUUGAGCUCACCAGGGAGGAGGAUAGGUUGGCUUCUGCCUGACCUUGGCUCUGGCUCCCCCUACCGUUGGCCUCCCUGCCUUCUGCCCAACGAGCACCAGCCACCACUGGGCGGCCUGAGGUUGGUGGGGCCGGGCUCGUUUGCCCCAAUGGCUCAUCCAGCAGGAAGAGAGCUACUUCUCCCUUCCAACGCCGGCCCGCUGGGCUCCCUGACCCCCGAUCUUCUCUGACUGGUCUUUAGGGGCUGACCUCCUUCCACUGCGGGCUGGAUCCCGGCAGACAAGGCGGCGCAUGCAGGCCGGGGUGUGUCAAGCGUCUUUCCCAGCCUCCGGGAUACUUAAAGCGGACGAGCGCCGAACUUGACGCUGCCGGGCGCGAAGGGACCCAGAGACGACGUGGGGAGUCCAGGCACCAUGUCUGCGCUCAAAGUCUGCAUUAUCGGUUCCGGGAACUGGUGAGUACGACUCGGACGGAGCCGAGGGGGAAUCGCAGGGGGGCAGAGGGCGAAGAGCCCCCUACCCAGCCAGCCACCCACCUAAGAGCUGGGUGCAUGUGCGCCCUUGCAACAAAAGCCGAGGGUGGCCGACGGGCUAUCCAGAGAGGGGGCGAGGGAGCGCGGAGGGAGACAGCCAUCCCUCUCCGGACCUUCCCUCUCUCGCUCUGCCUUCAUAUCCAGGUCCAUAUCUGUCCUAACUUGGACACCUGCGCAAAAAUGCCAGGUCCCCCCGCCCCCGCUUCACCUUAGAAAAUUUAAUCGCCUUUGGAUUGCCCCGAUCGUUCCCCACGAGAGUCCAGAGGAAACCAGCAGACGAGGCUGCAAUCCCAUCCCAUUUACCUGGGAGUAAGUCCCACUGAAUUCAAUAGGGCUUCCUGCUGAGUAGACAUGCUGGUGCUGAGGGCGCAUCUGUUAUGUUCUAUGCGGCUGCAUUUGCUCCCCUGAAAUGUCAGUACCUUAUAAAAACAGGAAUGAGGAGCCUCUGGCGCUCUCAUGGUUGUUGGACGGUCCAUCAGUCCCAGGCUGCAGGACCGAUGUUCAGGGGUGCUGGGAACUGUAGUUCCGCAGCAGCGGGAGGCAACCGGUUGGCCACCCCUGCUAUAAAAUACGGGACAAGCGCAGAGCAGCUCUGUAACCCAAGCAGAAACGCUGUAGACCGAUAGACUACAGUCUGUCCGCUGUAGACAGUCGGACAGACUAGAAAUCCCUGACCGACACAGACCUGUACCAGUUUACUCCGGGAAAAAUGCCCCACAGGCUUCCCUAAGACAUGUUUUGGACUACAGCCUUCCAGAGCUUUGCGAGAGGGAAUCGUUUGCUUGUUUUGCAGCGUUUCCACCUCCAGUCUGAACCAUGCUUCAUGUGUUUCUAUAGCACCUGCAGAUCAUAUUAGAGCAUUGGCCUCAAAGGGAAUAUAUCCAGUGACAGGCUGAGUUCCCCUGGUAGAAAAAGUGCUAGAGGAAACGGGCAUGAAAUUGUCGUACAUUUUAUACCCCCCCCCUUGAAAUCAGUUUGGGAUUAAUUUCCCAAAUUUGUUUUAGAUGUGGUAUUAUUCCUGUGCUUUCAUAAUAUCAGCCCUACAUUGAAAGCCAGCAUGGGUACUAUUUCAUAAUGUGUACUUGCAGAGCAAGAUGGUGGUUGUGCAUCAGAAAGGGAAGGUUUUUGUUUAUUCUUCUCAAGCGUUUUCUUUCCAUAGUAGCUUCAUGUAGGUCUAAGUGAAAGUCAUUAGGAGCAACCAGCACAGUUAAUAGGAACAAACUGAAAAAUUUACUAACACUGACCAAGAAGGACACUCUGGAUUUUUAAAAUUUAUUUCCUAGACCAGCAGAGAAACCUGCAUUUUUUUGUAGUCAUGUCUUCGCAGCAUGGAAUAAUUUGAUACCAUCUAUGAAAUGGAAUGUUAGUUUAUUUGCAGGAAUUAUUGGUCUCUCAAGAGAGAGAAAUGUUGCACACACCCUGACCGACAGGCCGAGACUUAAUUAUAGUCAUACCUAUUUCUCCCUGUCUUCCCCACCCUUGUCCUUUUCAUGUACGUUCUCAGAUUACUAUGCUCAGAUUUACAUAAAGAUUUAUGCUUACCUUUCCAUUCUUUCAAAGAACAGGGCAUUCAGAGACAGGUCUUUGUUAUCUUAACAUCCAGUUUGGGCACUCACCUAGAAAUCCACACCAAUGAAAGGGGCUUUGUUCUUAUUCCACAAUAACAACACUAAAUAAAUAAAUAGAACCAGCAACUACACAAAUUUCAUUAUGGCUGCACAUCUUGGUGACCUUUUCUGGUGAGCUAUAGAACUCCUUGACCUUAGAGAUGCAUACUCCAUAAUGUAAACCCUGGGCAAGUUUCAGAAUUUAUGUUAAGCAGGGUGGAGGUUGAGCUUGAAAAUAACAGGGAGGAUUUGUGUAUUUUAUUCUUAACUUUUCUCUCUUCGUGGCAUACUCGAAUGAUGUCUCAAUUGGUAGUUUGGUGCAAAUUCACCAUUGUUUGUAUGAAGAAAGAAAAGACUGAUCAUGUGAGAUGUGACACAACAGCCAAGGGCAGCACAAAAUUCCUGUCCGGAUAGUUAGGUAGAGAUUAUACCUCUUUCAGGAGUGAAAAGGGAGUGGGUGGAGACGAAAGGGAGCAAAGCAGUGACAGAUCACACAGAGUGUAGCAUGGAUGAACUGUACCAACUCCACAUUCAGGGUACAAGCUGUUGGAUACUUUCACAGGAAAAGCUGACACCUUAAAUCUGCACCUUAAGUCCACCUACGAAGGCAAGCCCUGCAGAAAGGUAGGCAGCUUCCCUAAGCCUCAGCCCAAAAUGCACUAGAAAUGUACCAUGACAGAUAAAAUAUGGAUGUUCUGCUCCUUGUGCUUUGCCUGCUCCUUGCAAUUUUUCCACUCCCAGUUGCAUAGCUACUGUUCCUUUGUUGGAUUGGAAGCUCUAGCUGCAUGGAGAUUGACAGUAGCAGAUCCUACACUUCAGGGGUGGCACCUAGAAGCACUGGAGAUAUGGAAAAUGAUGGUGGCUGUUACAACUGCUUUGUUGCUGUGCCAAGGGUGUACUGGGUAGCUGGAGCUGUGCUGUGCUCAUGGAACUCUACCCAUGUAGCCUCUCUGGUGCCCAGAGUAUCUCCACUAGUCCCUUGGUAAGCUUUGAAAGGCUGAAGGCAGCACUGGGGUGGGGGCACCAGAGGGUCAUUGUUAGGUUUGAUGGAGCCCUGGGCAAGGUGACCCCUGGCAAGCUCCCUCAAACAUGGCACCAAUCCUGGUAAAGGCCUCUUAUUUGCACCCAAACACAAAACGAGCCACAAUUAAAGCUGCCCCCGGACACAACAGCAUAGCAUGGGUAGCUUAAAAUACCAACUUUUUGGUGAUAUCCUGGCUACAGAGGAACUACCUUCAGAAAAGAUGUCUGGCUCCCCUACAAGAAAUAAGAAUUGUGCCUUUCAUGUACGCAUGCAGAAUGGUUGUGCCUAAGAGAGGUUAGGCGUUUGGUCUUGCAACCCACCCCACAUCCCACCAGCACCCCAAAAUGCAGAUGCAGCUCUCAUGUGAUAGGCUACACGUUAGAGUCCUUCAGAGGUGGGGGGAAAUUUUGAGCUUUUUUGUUUGUGAGCUGAGUCAGAGACACUAACCUCCAAGCUUAUCUGUAACAUUUGCAGUCAGGGUUGCAUUCCUUUAAGCUACCAGAAUAGAUGUGAAAGUUCAAUGGUCAGCAAUACUGUACUUUCAAAAACAUCUAAGCAACCCCUUGCAUACUAAACAUCGGCUUCUCAGUUGUUGUUUUUGGAGGUUUCAUAGUCAGGCCUUGAAAUAUUUAUUUUCCACAAUGGUUUACGAUUUGCUGCUGGUUUGGCUUUAUUGUUAUUAUUAGCUGUUUAUUUAUUAGCUGUUAAAUUGACAAACAAAAUCAACAUUUUGGAAAUGUGGCCAUCAAACUGAUGUCAGGCAUGACAUAUGCGAACCUGAUUCUCAAACAGCUCAAUACCACACCUUCCUGUUUCAGAUUAGUUGGCCUGAACUCUGGAACAACCAAUGUUCUUGUUUGAUACCCACAAUCACAAAUGUGGACUUGAAUCCCCCACCUUAUGCAAAUGUUUACUUUUCUUUCAUCAGUGUGACUAACUAACCCAUGUGCAAAAGUUUUGCUUGAAGAGUCUUAAGGAGUAGUUUGUCUGCUCAUCUCUGGUGACCUGUGGGUUAGGAGCUCUUCUAGAUUGUUGUAUAUAACUUGUGAACCUGAAUUCAAUAGUCCAGAUUUAAUAGGUAUCACAAGCUAUCUUGCAGAGUCAUUAGGAGAAUAUAAAUAUAUUAAUAAAGAAACGUACAAGCUGUCAAAAGCGUUUUGCCUUCUAAUGAAGGCAGCUGCUAGGACAUGGCUCAGUGAGGCAGAGAGAUCCAAUGCUGAUAUAGCAGCCUUCUCUUAGCUAAGAUGACCUUUGGCUUAGAUAUGCUUGACACAGACAUAUGGAAAAAGGUAUUGCCAGCAUUUUAAAGAUUUAUUUAAGUUCUAACUGCAGAGAGGUGAGUGGGUGUCAAAGGAGAGACGUCUGCCCGGGGCAAGUCCCGGGAACUCUCUUUUAUUGAAUAUUACAAACAUUGCCACAGGUGUGCUUGUGGCUGAUUGGCUGAUACAAACACAAAGCAUCUUGUUGCUGAUUGGUUAACAUAGGUACAAGGCGGGCAUUACAUAUUACAUUAAUCAGUGAUAGUUCAAAAGACUGGGAGCGGAGCUGGAACUAGACAGGCAUGAAUCCUCCUAAUUAAAUUGUAACUAAGAUUAAUAUAACAUGACUAAAACAAUUACUAAUGAUUGAUCAUAAGUGAAAGGUCCGUAUAUGUGGUCAGCUAUGCAUUGAGAACAGAGCAUGUUGUUUUUUGUACAUGAACUCAGAAUGAACUGAAGAAUUGAGGGAAUGUCUGGGUGUGCUGAGCUCAGUGUGUUUGGAACAGUAUGUGCAGAGCAGAAGGAGACUUCCCAGAAUCCAAGAGGAAAGAAGCAAGAGUUUUCAUAGUAAGCAUAGAAAGAUUUCAUAGUAAGACUUCCCAUAAUGCCACAGUUAUGUGCAGUAAGAGAACUGCAGAAAGAGAACUUCACAGUGAGAGAACUGCAGAAAGAAAACUUCCCUUCAGGUGAGUUUUAUGUGUGAAGUCUGUGGUAGCUCAACACACUCAGACCACCUGAAAACCCAACUUUAUUUGUACUACUAAUUUGAAAAGCUUUUCAAAUGGUCUCUCGGCUGUAGCUCUAUGUUGCUUACAUUUCUGUGGAGCAGCUAGGGAUACAAUUUUGCUGACAGAAUUUUGGGACUCCCAGGUUCUGUUUUACUUUCACUUGUUCAGUCUCAACACAAGGCGCUCAGAUAUAGCUCUCCUGAGGAAGUUGUGUUUGCUUGAAUGACCUUGAAUACCAUUAAUCUAGCUUAGAAAAACACAGUGUAACUUCACUGGAUCUGUAAUGGUGACACUCUGAUGUUGCCCCAAGGAAGCCAUUGAGGGAACAGCAGUGGCGGCAAGUCUCACAGGGGGUGCUCCAGCGGCGGGAGCCUCCCAGGCUGGCAUGCCAUGGCAGGCGGCAUUUGCAUCCCUGGCAGGCAGAUUUUCGCGAUUGGCACGAUCGUCGUCAUGAAAAUCAGCCCGCUGAUCAUGAAAAUCCGCCUACUGAUCGCGUAAUACCGCCCGCUGGGGAUGCGAGCGCUGCCCGCCGAGCGGAGCAAACACCACCUGCCGGGGGGUGCCAGGCUGAUCACAGGGUGUAUUUGCACGAUCAGCGGGCGGAUUUUCAUGACAGUGAUCAUGCCAAUCGCAAAAAUCCGCCACUGGGGCUGCUUGCGCUGCCACGCCAAUCCGCCCGGGGGAGUUUGUCACCCCCCUAGGCAUGACACCUGGGGCAAACCGCACCCCCGCACCCCCUUGCAACACCUCUGGGCGACAGAAGUCCUGGUCUCCUUUCUAUUUGCACGGAACAAGGAGAAAAGCGUUAGGAAUUAUUGUUAUAGAGAUUAGGCAAGAUGGUGUGAUAAUUCAAGUAAGGUUUGUGUACCGACAUUUCUCUCCAUUUUUAUUUUCAUUAUUUGUUAAGUUUAAUAUUGCCCUUCAUCUGUAGAUCUCAUGGUAGUUCACAACAAUUUGCAAUAUAAAAAACACAAAAUACAGACUAAAAAUAAGAACAAGCCAGAAAUCCCACAUCACAUUUAAAAGGGUAUCAAUCAGCCUGAGGCCUGGUUGAAGAGGAACGCUUUCACCUGGCGCCUAAAGGUAUAUAAUGAAGGUGCCAGGUGAACCUCCCUGGGGAGAGUAUUCCACAAACAGGGAACUGUUGCAGAAAAGGCCCAUUCUCAUGUUGCCACCCUCCGGACCUUUCAUGGAGGAGGCACAUGAAGAAAGGGCCUCAGGGUUGAGAUAGGCUCAUAUGGAGAGAGGUGUCUUUGGGGGUAUUGUGGCCCUAAGCCAUAAGGUUUUAUUGGUCAAAACCUGGGCCUGGAAAUUGAAUGGCAGCCAAUUGGGCCAGGAUCAGUGUAAUGCUCAGACCUUCUUGCCCCAAAUUCUGCACUAGGUGGAGAAGCAGUUCUAGACUAACUGUGCACACAACUCUUUAAAGGGGAAACCAUACUGUUAUGUACUGAAGUUCUCACCCUGGGCCAGCAGGCGGAUACUGUAUAUAGUUUUCACUCAGGUCCACAUAUGCAAAUAAGAGAUCGAAAGUGGCGUUCAGUGACUGGAUAGUUAUAGAAAAUGGUUACUGUUGCAUUCUAGUGGAGCUCUAUAUAAGCAGGCUGGCUGAACCCUUCAGUUCAGUUCUGUUCUGGCCUGUGAAUAAACAAGAGCUAUUUGAAGAAUCGCUGUGUCGUCUAAUAUGUUCACCCACAACUUAACACAUACUUCCUCCUCAGUUAAAAUCUUUAAGGUCUAAAUAUGACAUAGGUAACUAAACUGCCAAUUUUCUUUGCUAAAAAAACCCCACAUGGAAUUUUGAUGUGGGGUGUUGGUUUUGGCAUCCGUCUGUCUCGAAAGACAAUGGAGGGCAUCCUCAGGAAUGAAGUCAAACUGCUAUGUUAGCAUCACCAAAGUGACCAUCCAAAGUGCACAAGCAGUGCAUAUGUACAGUACAUAUGUUGUAUUCCGGUAGUACACACAUUGGCAGCCAUUUGUGAAAUUUACUAUAGGAGGUAAAGCUUUAUAAAGUUUGCUAAAUCCAAAUUACUAUGCGAAUUUUGCUUGUGUCCAAAUUCUUGAGAUAUAGUGCUUGUGCAACCAUACGCUUCUGGUGAGUGCGGAUGCAGUUAACCCUGCCUUUGAUUAUUUGCCUUCUUUUCCUCCCCCUCUUUUCUUUUUUUUAAAGGGGAAGUGCCAUUGCAAAAAUCAUAGGCAAAAAUACCCAGAAAUCCCUCAAAUUUAACCCUACUGUAAAUAUGUGGGUAUUUGAAGAGCAAAUCGAUGGGCGAAAACUCACAGAAAUAAUUAACCAAGACCAUGAGAAUGUGAAGUAUCUCCCAGGGCAUAAGCUACCUCCUAACGUGGUAAGUUCAAUGUAACUCCUUAACUGUAGUUUCAGGUUUUAAAGGUAGUGUAGUUGGGCCAUAAUGGAAUGCAAUUCAAAGUAACAAAGGCUGCUUCCACGCUGGGAAUUUAGUGUACAAUAGCUGCAUUUUGGGUUGCUCACUUUUUAUGAGGCUCGUGCUUAACAUUGUGAGCUAAACACCCUACUCCCAUGCUUCUCCUUUUUGGCUUUCUUCCACCCCCACCCCACUCCUCAAGCUUAGAAAAAUCUGCCCUUUCUUUAAAACAACAACAACAUAGCAGAACAGCUGUGCAGCUUUCCCAGGAGCAGACUGAGAAGGGAAUUGUACUCAAAAUACAUCAGAAGGAUAAUGCAAUUGAUUAAAGAGCAGCAUAGGUACACACAGACACUGAUAUGAGUUGUGCAUUAUCUAAACUAGAGAAGAAAUCCUGGCACAGCUGUCAGAACAAUGCAAGAACCUUGUGAGUUUUGCAAUUGGUUAGGCUUAGAUACAUUAUUUGUCUCCAGACCUACUUGGUAUUCCAGAAUACUCUGAGGAGCUGCAGACCAUUAUGUCCCAAAUUGUAGAAUGUGCACAACAAAGACAGGUAAUGAGGUCAACCCCCUCCCCCAAAGUGGCUGCCAAGCUUGAGGCUAUAAUCCUAUACACACUUACUCGAAAGCAAGCCUCUCACCACUGGACUUAACUUCUGAGCAAACAUUGAUAGAAUUAGGUUGCUAAGAGAACUGAGCUAAGAGACUUCCAAGAAGUUUUUCAGAUGCAAAGCUUAAAUCUAUGUUUACUUAAAUAUCUCUAUAAUAUAAAUGUAAAAGAGUGGUUUCUCCCUCUCCAAAAAUUCAUGGGCAGUUAUGAAGUUGAACAUUGUGUUUUCAUGUGAGUUAGUAGAUCAAUGUUAUUUUGUACAGACCUCAAUUCAGGACAGCUGGCCAUAUUAAGACUGCUGCAGGAAACACUUGUGUUGCAUAUAUGGAUGUGCCUUCCUGCAUGCGCAACCCCAGGAAAUACACAUUGCAUGCUCAAAAUGUGUAUAUAUGUGAAUGUCAUCUCAAUCCACUCUUGCUGCUAUGGGAAACGCUGUUGGAUAGCUGCCCUUGUUUGUUUUUCCAUAAUAGAAUGUUUAAACUUUCUUCUUUUUUGUCUCAGGUUGCUGUAGCAGACCCAGCAGAAACAGUAAAUGGUGCAGACAUUAUAAUAUUUGUUAUACCUCAUCAGUUCAUUCCUAAAAUCUGUCAGCAGCUAACUGGCCAUGUAAAACAAGGAGCCAUUGGAAUUUCACUAAUCAAGGUAAUUUGUGAACCUUUCCCAAGGGGUAGGACUGGUUAGGGAGAAAACGGAACAGUGAAAUUUCCUGGGUCAUGACUGCAUAUAGGGCGCAGCAGGGGUGCCAACCUGAAUAAAAUAUUGUGGGGGCCCAGGUAAGCCCUGCCCCACAUAAUCAGUAACAUGUGUCAGGAACGUGGCUCACCCGUGUGCAGGGGAAGAGUCAGACUCAGAAAUUGAGCUAAGUGAGAGACCAACUGCAGAUGAGAGCUAGCUGACAGAGCCAAGAAGGGGUAGCUCAACCAUCCUUCCAGAAGAAGACACUGUUAGCUCUCAAGAAGCGGGAGAGUUAGGAGCCAGCCGAAGUGUUGCUAGGCAAUCAGCGGAUAAACAGAGGACUGAGAGUGUGUCAAGUGGAAGUGGGGAGGGGGAAGGCCAGCCUCUCAGUCCCCGUUAUAGGAGACUGGAUAAGGUCAGAGGACAACGGAAGGGAAAGAGGGGAAGGGCGGGAAUUUGGCAUCCUUCCUGCUGUGAAAGGGGCGGAGGUUCAGACUGACUAUCGUCAAUGUGAGCAGGUGAGAAGCCGAGCUCUAGAUGUGUGGGGUUUCUUUUGUAAAUAAAUGUAACAUAAAACUGCUGGAGUCUUAUUACUUCUUAUCGGGGCUUGCUUGCCUGCCUGAGAUCAUUACAGCAUGACACAGUGCACACACUAUUUGAAUGGGAAUGCCCAUCAAUUUUUUUUUGGGGGGGAGCCCCCUCAAAUAUUUUAUUGGGAAGGCUGAAGCCCCCAUUGUCCCUAGGAGUUGGUUAUGGAUACCCCGAGAUGCAGAACAGAAGGCAAAAGUGCCAUAUUUGGAAUGGACUAUUCGUUUCCCCACAAUAUGUUAUUUUAUUUUCUAAAGCUUAUGUUAUUAUAUAAAAAGUUGGCUAUGUAACACACAUCAAACAAUUUUAAGAGAAAUGUACUGUGUGGGUCAUAACCAAGAUAUAUAUCAACCCGACAACUUGCCGUCUGUUCCCAUUACCCUUUGUUGUAAACAACUCCUGCACGGGCUCAAUUUCAUAGAAUACAACAGGAUCAGAUCUAUGUUUCAUCUACUGAAGUGCAAGGAAGGCUAGUCUUACUUUUGUUCACUGCCUUCCUGUUAAACAGGGCAUAGACGAAGGCCCUAAAGGACUGAAACUCAUAUCGGACAUCAUUCGAGAGAAGCUGGGCAUAGAAGUCAGUGUACUCAUGGGAGCCAACAUCGCAAAUGAAGUGGCAGAUGAAAAGUUCUGUGAAACCACCAUUGGUAAUUCUGUGUUCAAGACUAAUGACUAAACGAGGGAUCAGUUCAGUCCACUUACUCAGAAUAUAGAUCCAGAAUGUUUCCCCUGCUCCACUUUGUGGUGAUCUAGAAGAUAUAUCUGUGGAUCUAUAGCUGCUGUGAUGACCCCCCCCCCCAAAAAAAACCCUUGCCAACUUUUUUGUUUGUUGUUGCAGUGUUCUGCACAACCCUGUAAGAAUGAAAGGUAGCAGCUGGUCAAAGGUCACCCAAUGAGAUUAAUGGAUGAGUGGGAAUUUGAAUUUGCAUCUCCCUAGUCCAACACUCUUAUCCUCUACAUCUCACUGACACUCACAGCUGACCUAGGUGGUUUUUAUUAUUAUUGCCCAUCCUUUUGCAAAUGGGAAUGUUUGUAGCAUUUGAAUCCAGGCAUUCUUGUGUUUUCGGUAACACAGCACUGAAAGCGUAUUUACAAAUCAUUAUUGAGCAUCUCUCCCUAUAGAAAGCUUACUGGGUUUGGGUAUAUCUAAUGGUGAGUCACAAGCAUAGCUGAGAUUAGACGAGAUGCUUCCAUUUAAGUUCAAGUCAUAUGAUAUGCUGUUACUUGGCCAUCACCUCAGUCCUGAUUUACUGUGCUUCUUUUCAUAGGUUGUAAAAAUCCUGAAAGUGGAAAGAUCUAUAAAGAGUUGUUGCAAACCCCAAAUUUCAGAAUUACUGUGGUAGAUGACUGUGACACCGUGGAGCUCUGUGGAGCCUUAAAAGUGAGUCAUUCCAAAUCAAAUAUUGUGAGGCCAAUUAAAGUUUUUUGCAAGCUGUGUGGCCAGCUAAGCUUUCAAAAAAAAUAUUCAUGUGUUUUCCCAUUCAUUUGUUCAUUGGCUUUACAAAUCUGUAAAAUAGGAGAACUGCACUUACAUCCCACUUGCAAUACUAAUCAAAAAUGGCCUUGAUAUGGGUUGGACAAUAGCUGGUUGUUAAAUCGCUGCCGCCAGUUAGGAAGCAAAUAUAUGUGACAUCACUUCAGAAAAAAAGUAAUCCUUUGGACAUACUAUUCUCCAGUGAGUUUUAUUGGCUUUGAUGUAGGCAGCGGGAAAAUAUGUCCAAUGACUUCUUUUUUUAAGCGAGAUCCGUUAGUUUUAUGUUGGGCACUUUUUAGAUGACUUUCUAGGCAACGUCUGCACUGGAGUUUGUAGGACAUAUGAUAAAGUACUUUUUAGAGAUUUGUUGAAGGUGGGACAACAUACACAUACUUUUGUCCACUAUGAGGAGUUGUGAAAUACUUCUUUUCAGGUUUCUGAUAGAGGAAGAAAAACCAGCGUCCACACAGCACCAUAGGCAUUACUCUAUAAUACAUCCAAAGUUGUUUUCUUCUAGGUCAGACUAUUUGUAGAUCAGCUCUGUCCUGUCUACUGCUGUCAUUAUCAGAGGCCAUUUAUUUUCACCCUCUACCUGAUGCUUUUAAUUUGAGAUGCAAGGGAAUUUGGGAUCUUCCGCCUAAAAACCAUGUGCUACAGAGCUAUGAUCCCUCCCUCAUAUCACUAUCUCACUUAAAAACAUUCAGUACAAGGAUACACCUCAUUAGCUGUUUUGAUCCUAUGGAAAUGUCUCACCAGCUGCUUUGAUCCUGUGGAGAAAAACAAGAAGUGUGGCUUGUCACUACCAAGACAUAUUUAGCAGCAUAUUCUUCAGCUGCAGCAGCACUUCUUAUUGUGACCAGACUUGCAGACACCACUUGCUGAAUAUAUCUGAAUAGACCACUGAACUACAUGCAAUUUUGCUCUUGGGGGCAUUUAGGAGCAACUCAAUAGAGAAAUGCAGCUGUUGGAAUGCAUUUGGGAAUGGCACCUUUUGCUAAGCAUUCAUGCUUUCUGAAGUCAUUAAAUGUGAUGCCUUUGUCUCAUGUGAUUUUUUUCUUCUCUCUCUUUUUCUCCCCCUGUCCCAACUGGAUUUAGAAUAUCGUUGCAGUAGGGGCUGGUUUUUGUGAUGGGUUGGGCCAAGGUGACAAUACCAAGGCAGCUGUGAUUCGUCUGGGACUAAUGGAAAUGAUUGCCUUCGCUAAACUCUUUUGCAAAGGCCCCGUAGUAAUAAAUACAUUUCUGGAAAGUUGUGGUGUUGCUGAUCUGAUUACCACAUGCUACGGGGGACGCAACAGGAAGGUGGCUGAAGCUUUUGCACGUGGUGGAAAAGUAAGUGUUUCCCCCCAAGAUUAAUUGCUGUAAUGGGUACACUUUUGUCUUAUCAGCCCUUUCCCAAUAGUAUUCUGCAUUUACUUAUGAGGACAGGGGGCUAUCUAACUAGUAUAUUACAGUAUGCAUUUGUUUGUGGAUGAGACCAGUGGUAGUGACCAAGGCCCCUUGCUAAUAACUGACAUUGUGCGAUGUUAACCUUUCUAAAUUGGGCAUAAUGUGGAGAAAGUAGAUAGAAAGAAGCUCUUCUCUCUCCUCCUUUCAUAAUAUAACCAGGCACCAUCCAGUAAAAAAGAAUGGUGGGAGAUUCAGAACAAAGAAAGGGACAUAGUUAUUCACACCAUGUAACUGUGGUAUCCGUUCCCAGAAAAUGAUGUGAUGGUCUUCAACUUAGAUGGCUUUAAAAGAUUAGACAAAUCAGUUGUGGGUAUCUGCCACUACUCAUCAUGAUAGCUGUGUGGGCUUUCUAGUGUCACAGAAUUUAGCUGAAAAUAAUACCAAAUGAGAGAUGCUUGUCCUACUUUAAAAACACAUACGUUUUUAGUAUGUAUAAGUAAACCUUGGGUAUUGCUUAGAUUGGAAAUAAUAAUUUUGUGCAGACUCCAUUCUUUGCAAAAGAGAACAAAGGGAGUUCCAGCUUCAGCACUUUCACAUUUAUUAUUUAGUUUUAAAUGGAGUUUAGUGAUGCAGUUUCCUUUAAACCAAAUACAAAUGAUUUAACACUCUUUAAAAAUAAUUUCCAGACAAUUGAACAGCUAGAAAAAGAAAUGUUGAAUGGGCAAAAGCUACAAGGGCCUCAAACAUCUGCUGAAGUCUACAAAAUCCUGAAGCAGAAGAAAAUGGUUGACAAGUAUGUAGCUUGAUUUUCUAGUAAAUAUCCUGUCUGAGAAGUCAGAGUAUUCUCUGCACUUUGCUAGCUCCUUUGGCCAUGGAAAAACUCUUGGGUAUCUCUGUUGUGAGCCAUCAAUAGGGUUGGGGGAGAAGUUUGUAUUUAAAGGCGAACUUACAUAAUUCAUGCUUUCUGAGAAGGUAUAGGAACCAAAACACAUUCAUCAUUCAAAAUUCACACUUCUCUGAAUUUUGCAUGUAGUUCUACGGCCAAGCAAUGUUUAUAAAACGCAUAUAGUAGGAUAAAGGGCACGUCUAAGUGAAAAUAACAUACAAAAUGCAUUAAAUUAUGGAAAAUUGAUUUGUAAAUAAUGUGUAUGAGAAAUCAGCUUUAAAAUGCUGGUGAAUUUCAUGAGGCUUUUCUUUUUUUAAAAAUUGCAAAUUGACGUGGAAAUGUUGAGAACUGGACUUGAGACACAGAGAAAUUGGUAUUCUCCCAUUCAUACUUGUUACAGUGCUUUAAAUUAAUAUAUAUCAAUAGUAUUCUGUCAUGUAUCUUAUGAUAAAGUUUACAUCAUGCAUCAGCUGUGUACUGAAAAGCCAGCUAAAAAUGACCUUGCUGGUAAAAAUUUAAAUUGGUUGUAUUUUGCAUGAAAAUUUACUUUAGCAAUUGCAUUUCUCUCAGGUUUCCAUUAUUUGUGAACGUCUACCUGAUCUGCUAUGAAGGGAAGUCUAUCAAAGAGUUCAUCACUUGUUUGCAAAGUCAUCCAGAACACAUGUAAGAUAGUGUUGUGACUUGCCAGUUAAGUAUCUCUGCACGAGGAUUCUGUCAGUUUGACCAUGCUGAAUAAAAGCAAGCAAAACGAUAUCAUCUGUACUACGUGUUCAUUGUCGUAGGCUAUACAGAAAAACAGUGUAACUAUUUCCACAGAAAGUGAAGUC